UUAUGCAACGAGAGCGAACCCAAACAAGAGGCGCCUUCUUCAAGCAAACACAAAGAAACCCUCUUUGAUUAAUUCUUCGUAUAUAACAGAAACCCACCCAAUCGAUGAGAUGAAGCUCCAACAACCGAUAAGAAGGAGACAAGAUCAAACAAACCCAUUAAAGAACUGUUGUUUAAUUUGCAGAAUUGAUUGCUAGGGARCGGUUAGUUUUUGAAGAAAAUGGAUCUUGCAUUGCAGGGGUUUGGUAUGGUGGUGAAUAACUCUGCUUAUGAUGAUGAUUCACCUUGUAUCGUUGUCGAUUGUGGGAAGAAAUCAGAGGAGUGUAAGAAAAAAGAAAUUAGGGGUUGUUUAGAUACAUGUGAAGAAGAAGAAGAAUUUGGUGGAAACAGUAGCUCAAGCUCUGAUUUCAUGGCGUUGUUUGAUACUGUUUUGAAUGAAGAACACAUUACUAGUUUUGACGACUCGUCUUCUCCUUCUUCCAUGGAUGUGGUGACGGAGAAGAACGAGAAUGAGGCCCCACAUUGUGGCGAUUCUGAAGAUUCGCAGAAACCCCUUUUGGGUCAAAAAAAGUUAGAGAAACAAGAGCCAACAGCUCCUUCAGAGAUUGACAUGAUGAAAGAAAGAUUCUCAAAAUUGUUGCUUGGAGAAGAUAUGUCUGGUUGUGGGAAUGGUGUUUGCACAGCUUUGGCUAUCUCGAAUGCCAUUACAAAUCUUUGUGCCACACUUUUUGGACAAAUAUGGAGGUUAGAACCUCUACGCGCUGAAAAGAAAUUGAUGUGGCGAAGAGAAAUGGAAUGGCUUCUUUGUGUUAGUGAUUACAUCGUGGAGUUGAUACCGUCUUGGCAAACUUAUCCGGAUGGAAGCAAACUUGAGGUCAUGACGAGUAGACCACGAUCUGAUCUGUAUGUCAAUCUUCCGGCUCUUCGUAAAUUAGACAACAUGCUUCUCGAGAUAUUGGACAGUUUUGAAAAAAUGGAGUUUUGGUAUGUGGAUCAAGGCAUUCAAGCUCUGGAAACAGAUGGUUCAUCGUCUUUCGGUAAAGUUCUCCCACGCCAAAAAGAAAAAUGGUGGCUGCCUGUUCCUCGAGUCCCAGCUGGUGGUCUCAGCGAGAACGCAAGAAAACAUUUGCAAAACAAACGCGAUUCCACAAAUCAAAUACUAAARGCUGCAAUGGCUAUCAACAGCAUUACUUUAGCCGAUAUGGAGGUUCCUGAGUCGUUCUUGGAAGCACUUCCAAAGAAUGCGAAAGGGAGCUUAGGUGAUCUUAUUCAUCGGUAUAUUUCGUCGGAUCAAUUUUCACCCGAGUGUCUCUUGGAUUGCCUCGACCUAUCCUCYGAGCAUCAAGCUCUUGAGAUUGCAAACCGUGUGGAGGCCUCGAUCUACAUAUGGCGAGGAAAAAACAAUGUGAAACCCGUAAAUGUGGUGAGUCGGUCCUUUUCAAGGUCAUCAUGGGACAAGGUUAAGGAUUUGGUAGCCGAUCUUGAUAAAAGGGAAACGUUAGCGGAUAGAGCCGAAAGCCUCUUGCUUUGCUUGAGACAAAGGUUCCCUGCCCUUCCUCAAACCACCUUGGACAUGAGUAAAAUCCAAUAUAACAAGGAUGUAGGAAAAUCGAUCUUGGAGAGCUACUCAAGAGUAUUGGAAAGCCUCGCGUUUAAUAUCACGGCACGUGUUGAUGAUUUAUUGUACGUGGACGACUUGGCGAGACAUUCCGACAAGUUCUCGUCAAUCUCUAACCGUGACAUCGUUUCCAAAACCGUUGUCGGGAAACCGUACACACUUCACACCGUCACCACUCCUUACAGAACGGCUUUCACCACACCGAGCCUCUCACCAUCACGGCUCGAUAGUYCUAAUGGGCUCGGUCCAAAGAAAAUCCUAACCGAGUAUUUGAGUAUUGAUCUGAAAGGUAAACACUAUGCGGGUCAAGUUUCGAGGUCAAACUCAUUUUCGGGUAGGACCCGAGAGGCAUUACAAAAGAUYGGGCUUGCGGCCUCAAAUGGGUCGGUCGGGGUCAAUUGACGAUCGGGACCCGAUUCUAUGUUUAUACAUGGAUGAAUGAAUCUAKGGAUUUGUUUAAAGAGUUAGUUAGRUAUGGCAUUUGUACAUCRCGUUUUAUUUKAUUUCAUUUUUUUUGUUAUACUGAGUUCURAGUCUUGCUGAGUUGACUCGGAUCCUGGGAAGGACAGUUUAGUGAAGUUGUGUAAAUAAAUGCCU